GUCCGAGAGCGACACCGCCACUCCGCCGGGUAUAAAUGAGUGGCGCUUCCCCCGAGCCAAGACCCAGCUGGCGCUCCAGAACCCCCGCGCAGAGAGUGUUGAGCCGCUCCCGCUUUCCUUCCCAAGAUGUGUGACGACGAAGAGACCACCGCCUUGGUGUGCGAUAAUGGCUCAGGUUUGGUCAAAGCAGGCUUCGCUGGAGAUGAUGCCCCCCGAGCCGUCUUCCCUUCCAUUGUAGGCCGCCCUAGGCACCAGGGUGUUAUGGUUGGUAUGGGCCAGAAAGACUCCUAUGUGGGUGAUGAAGCACAGAGCAAGAGAGGUAUUCUGACUUUGAAAUAUCCCAUUGAACAUGGAAUAAUUACUAAUUGGGAUGAUAUGGAAAAAAUCUGGCACCAUACUUUCUAUAAUGAACUGCGUGUUGCCCCUGAAGAACAUCCCACCCUGCUCACAGAAGCUCCUCUGAAUCCCAAAGCCAAUCGUGAGAAGAUGACCCAAAUUAUGUUUGAGACUUUCAAUGUGCCUGCCAUGUAUGUGGCUAUCCAAGCUGUUCUCUCCCUCUAUGCUUCUGGACGUACUACAGGUAUUGUCCUUGAUUCAGGGGAUGGAGUCACACACAAUGUCCCUAUCUAUGAAGGUUAUGCCCUUCCCCAUGCCAUUAUGCGCCUGGAUCUGGCUGGCAGGGAUCUGACUGAUUACCUCAUGAAGAUUCUGACAGAACGUGGCUAUUCCUUUGUAACAACUGCUGAACGUGAGAUUGUUCGUGACAUUAAGGAGAAGUUAUGCUACGUUGCUCUGGACUUUGAGAAUGAAAUGGCUACAGCAGCCUCUUCCUCUUCUCUAGAGAAAAGUUAUGAGUUGCCUGAUGGCCAGGUCAUCACAAUUGGGAAUGAGCGUUUCCGCUGUCCAGAAACCCUUUUCCAGCCAUCUUUUAUUGGUAUGGAAUCUGCUGGCAUUCAUGAAACUACCUAUAACAGCAUAAUGAAGUGUGAUAUUGACAUCCGUAAAGAUUUGUAUGCCAACAAUGUACUCUCCGGUGGUACUACCAUGUACCCUGGCAUUGCUGAUCGUAUGCAGAAAGAAAUCACUGCUUUGGCUCCCAGCACAAUGAAAAUUAAGAUCAUUGCCCCCCCAGAGCGAAAAUAUUCCGUCUGGAUUGGGGGCUCCAUCUUGGCAUCUCUUUCAACUUUCCAGCAGAUGUGGAUCAGCAAACAGGAGUAUGAUGAGGCUGGUCCAUCUAUUGUCCACCGCAAGUGUUUCUAAGCAUCUUCCCAUACCCUUUGCCACCAAUUACCCACUCAGGAUGAUGUGCUUCUUGAAGUAUUUUUUUCCAGUUAUCCUUCCUGAACUAGGUUCAAUUGUAUUGUACAGUUUGUUUACACAUGCCCGUGCAAUUUAUUAUGCUUCUUUGAAUAUUUAUUGCUUUAUAAAUAAACAAGAUCUGGGAUUUGCAACCUA